GCAUUUUCAGAUCUAUUCAAAUAUUGGCACCCCUAACCAAGAAUGGCAUAUUACCAACAGAAUUUGAACAAUCCAAACAACAUGCAAUUUUACCAGAGCAAUUACGCCAAUGCGUACCAAUCGCCCCCUCAAGCAAGCACAGGAUUUAUGAGUAAUAGUGGGAUGGGUGUAAUGGAUUCCGGUUUUGGAGCCAAUAUUGACGUGAGUGGGCCAAUGGGAUCAGGUCAAUUGACUCCUGGUAUCUUAGCAGCAUUUGGUACGUCUGGUUAUCCAGGUGAACCUCCAUUACUAGAAGAAUUGGGCAUAAAUUUUAAUCAUAUCAAAACAAAGACUCUAGCCGUAUUGAAUCCUUUGAAUAGAAAUAUUCACUCCGAUAUUAUGGCUGAUUCGGAUUUGGCAGGUCCCAUUCUAUUCGUAAUGUUAUUUGGGACAUUAUUAUUAUUAGCCGGUAAAGUACAAUUUGGUUACAUUUAUGGUGUAGGUUUAUUUGGUACUAUCAGUUUACAUUACUUAUUUAAAUUUAUGAGUGAAGAGAUUACUAUUGACUUGAUAAGAUCGGCAUCGGUUAUAGGUUAUUGUUUAUUACCUUUGGUUUUGAUAAGUGUCUUUGGGGUUUUCAUAUCUUUAGAUAACCUAUUAGGAUUUAUCUUGAGUGCACUUGCGGUAUUUUGGUGUACAUUCUCUGCUUCUGGAUUCUUCGUUGUUGUUCUUAAAUUAGACAACGUUAGACCUUUAAUUGCUUAUCCGUUAUUCAUAUUCUAUAGUGUUUUUGCCUUGAUGGCAAUUUUUGUUGAAAAAAAUUAA